CCUCCGCUUUCGGUUUCGCUUCCGCCUCCAGCGCGGGCCCCGCCGCCGCCGAGCAUGGACGACCCCGACUGCGACUCCACCUGGGAGGAGGACGAGGAGGACGAGGACGGCGAGGACGGCGAGGCCGCCGGCGCGGGGGACGCGGACGCGGGGGAAGAGGACGAGGACGCGGAGGAGCCGCGGGCGGCGCGGCCCAGCGCGCUCCAGUCCAGGAUGACAGGGUGCCGAAACUGGCGAGCCAUGCAGGACAUGUGCCGGUACCGACACCACUACCCGGACCUGGUGGAACGAAACUGCAAUGGAGACACGCCCAACCUGAGUUUCUACAGAAAUGAGAUCCACUUCCUGCCCAACGGCUGUUUCAUUGAGGACAUUCUUCAGAACUGGAAGGACAACUAUGAUCUCCUUGAGGACAAUCACUCCUACAUCCAGUGGCUAUUUCCCCUGCGAGAACCGGGAGUGAACUGGCAUGCCAAGCCCCUCACGCUCAGGGAGAUCGAGGUGUUUAAGAGCUCCAGGGAGAUCCAGGAGCGACUUGUCCGGGCCUACGAGCUCAUGCUGGACUUCUACGGGAUCCGGCUGGAGGACCGAGGCACGGGCACCGUGGGCCGAGCACCGAACUACCAGAAGCGCUUCCAGAACCUGAACUGGCACAACCACAACAACCUCCGCAUCACACGCAUCCUCAAGUCGCUGGGCGAGCUCGGCCUUGAGCACUACCAGGCGCCGCUGGCCCGCUUCUUCCUGGAGGAGACGCUGGUGCGGCGGGAGCUGCCAGGCGUGCGGCAGAGCGCCCUGGACUACUUCAUGUUCGCCGUGCGCUGCCGACACCAGCGCCGGGAGCUGGUGCACUUCGCCUGGGAGCACUUCCGGCCCCGCAGCAAGUUUGUCUGGGGGCCCCGGGACAAGCUGCGGAGGUUCAAGCCUAGCUGCCCACCCCGUCUGCUCGAGGGCCCCAGGAAGGCGGAGGAAGAAGGAAACCCUGGGGACCCUGACCACAAGGCCAGCACCCAGGGUCGGACCUGUGGGCCAGGGCACAGCAAGGGUGGGGACAGGGUGGACGAGGGGCCCCAGCCACUGAGCGUGGAACCCCAGGAUGCGGGACCCCUGGAGAGGAGCCAGGGGGAUGAGGCAGGGGGCCACAGGGAAGAUGGGCCGGAGCCCCCCAGCCCCAAAGAGAGCAAGAAGAGGAAGCUGGAGCAGAGCCGGCGGGAGCAGCCCCCCGCAGAGCCAGGCGUGCACACUGCCUCGGAGGUGGAGAAGAUCGCUCUGAACUUGGAGGGGUGUGCCCUCAGCCAGGGCAGCCUCAGGACGGGGACCCAGGAAGUGGACAGCCAGGAUCCCGGGGAGGCCUUGCAGCCCUGCCCCCCACCUCUGGAAGCCAGGGUGGCUGACAAGGUGAGGAAGCGGAGGAAGGUAGAUGGGGGUGCUGGGGACAGUGGUGGCGCCCAGACCUUGGCCCCUGCCAGGUCCCCUGCCCCAUCGGGGUGCCCCGAAGCUGGACACACUGAGAACCGGGUUGAGGAGGACACAGAAGGCACAACGGGGCCCGAAGAAGGUGCCCCUGGGAACCCAUCAGAGGGCCCAGGCCCCGGCUCUGCAGGCCCUGCAGGGGACGAGCCAUCCGAGGCAGGGGAGGCAGCGGAGGUGCAGGACACACAGGUGGGGCCUUCCUCCCCGUCCGGGAAGCCUUAAGGAAAGGAAUGUCCAUCCCGGCGGCGGCGUGGCCUCGGGAGCAACCCUGCAGUGCCGUCCUGUGGUGGCCGCUGCAGCAGCCCCCAGCAGGUGCAAGGCCCCACCCUCAGGGAAGGCCAUGGCCUGCAGAAGCCGCCUGGCCUGGCUGUGUCUUCCCCGCCCAGCUCUCCCCUGCACCCCUGUCUUUGUAAAUUGGCCCUUUUGGGGUGGGGUGGGGCAGGGCUGCUUUUCUUAGUCUCGUGCCAAGCAAGGCCUUUUCUGAAUAAACUCGUUUGACUUUGA